CUAAAUAUUUGUAUUCACAGCCUUAAGUUUUCGGAUGAUGGCAGCUUUGAUAUAUCCGUAUCUGGAGUUUACUUCAGUGUACAAGCCGAUUUUGGAGUGGACAUCACUGAACGCCCUAGUAUCAGCGCAGGACCGUGCACAAGUGAUAUAGGAGGUGUGUCCAUCAAGUUCCACGGCAAAUGGGCAUGGGCAUACAAUGCAUUCCAAGGGCAAUUCGAAGAAAAGAUUAAAAGCCUACUCAAGGAUAAGAUGUGCGACCUGAUCAGUCGCUCUCUCAACACAGAUGCAGAAAAGUCCCUGUCCUUGUUGAAAAUUACCGUGGGCAUCGGAAACAUGUUUGAGUUGAGCUAUAAACUUACAGGGCCACCAACGUUUACCUCUGACUAUAUGGAGACCUAUCACAAGGUAAGGGAUACCGUUAUAAAUAACCUCUUUAUCUGUGCUGCAGAUGAUGGUUUCUAUUUAAAACAAUUUUAUUUGUAA